AUGGAUUCCACGAAAACAAUCACAGAGAUAAAAUCAUCCUUCGUCAGAAAUCAAAUCCGCAUUCUAUCUGCAGCUCUCACACCAUCCGAGGACUGGCGCGACUAUGGUCCUGUUUGCGAAGAUGACAUCCCCAAUAAGACGGUAGAGGACGUAUUGCAGAAAUUAAACGCUGUCUUGAAAAAACAUACCCGCGCAGUCUUCCCGUCGCAAGCUAUCCACCACGUUGCCCGGCAAAUCGAAAGUCUCUAUUGGAACUCAAUUGAUCCAGAGACUGGUGGGGACGUAUCGCAAGGACUUGUCGUAGAAAAGGGUACUGAUUUGACAAAUUCGAGGAGUAUCGCUCGACUCCCAAAACAAUGGAGAGAAGAUGCCGACAUUGAUGAGGACGAUAAACUCAGAUACGAACAAUUGUACCAGCGCCUUUUAGAACUGGACAACCAGCGCAAAAAGCAGCAAGAACGGCUUGCGCAGUAUAAACAGCUUGCAGAACUUUUGGAGCCGUUCAAGGAUCCUCAAAUGAACAUCCAGCCAAACCUGGUUACCAGAGAUAGUCCGCUGGGCCAGGAGAUUGAUAGGAUGAGAAUGCUUGUUGCGAAGGUUACAAGUCGGGUUAGUAGGGCGGGUAGGAAUGUUGAGCUUGAAGGGAAUUCCCAGCCGAUGGAUGACCCUGAGACAAAGCUUUCAUCUGUGUUGGAUAUGACUUGA